UGAGGAUGUCUGUAGGCCGUCAGGCACAGUUUCCAGACUUCAAGUAUGGAACUCAGAACUCUACUAUUCCUUCUGUCGUUGUCAACGUUCAUCACUGGUAAUCUCUCGAAGCAAACCAAACAUGGAUUCGAGAGUACUUAGCAGGACAACAUGAAAGAAUAUUUCAAGAGUUACAUGGUCGAAAAUUUCAAAGGAGUCUAUGAAGAGCAGUUCCAAACACUGAAAAUUAGCAAAUGGAUAGCUGAACAUGUUUCAAAGCGAACAGCACAGUAUGCUACGUUUAUGGAACCGGUUAGAGCCGUGAUAUCUCAAAGUUUAUCAAAUUUCAAAACCGAUAGUAUAACGUUUAGCCCAUUGGUAUCUAUUUUGGGGAAAAGGGAACGUCCAAAUGAACUGAACCCUGACAUUAUGGCAUGGUUUCAUGAAGCUUCAGAUCUUCUACAAAAGAUGAGUAACGGCAUUGAUUCUUUCUUCAAGUCAUGGAACGAUGUUUUAAACAUGUUACCUGGCGAUUGUGCCGAAACAGACAAGGCACCGAUGUCAACUGAUGAUGCAGACUUAUCUUUGCUCGGGUUGACCCCCGUUUUUAUGAAUCUGUUCUGGCCCUUUCGGUUCGAUAUGAAUACAAUGAAUCAACGUCUGGCUGCUUAUGGUUUGACUAAGAAAAUGUUCACUAAUAACGAGACUUUAAAAGAAAAGUUCUUUGAGGAACUUGAAAAUUUUCAAGGCAUACGUCUCCCUGUGAAGGGAAAUCAGAUAAUGUUCAUCUUUGAGGAAGAAGAUGUCGUUGAAGGACUGAACCGAUCCAAGCUUGUACCAUAUUCAAGGUCCUACACGAAAGCAAGGAAACACCUCUACACUAAGGAUGAACAAGAAAAGAUAAAACUGUUAGCCAACGAGGCACUGGACGUAAUUAACAAGACGCACACGGAGCUGUAUAGCGCCAUGGUUCAAAUGGUUUCUUGCAUUGCUUUCUUCAAAGACGAAGCUGACAUGUUCACAAGUGGGACGGUCAACUCUGCUUUAGGGCUUAUAUGGUUGGAUCCACGACAAGAUUGGACAGUGUCUUUCAUGACAGAAAAAAUAGUUCAUGAGUUCAUCCAUACCAGUUUGUUCUAUGCUGACCUCGUCCACGGUGGCUACAAGGAUGUUUCCCGCCUUUCAAAAGUCAAAGCAAUGUCUGCUCUCAGACUUGAGCCUCGGAACUACGACAAGUCUCUUCAUGCUGCUUAUGUCUCAGCUGGUCUCAUCACCUUCCAUUCCCGGGCCGGUUUCCUCGACAGAGCAGCUGCAUAUAGCCAGACAUUGCCGGGAGCGGUUCAGGAACUGAACAGAGUCAAUGCUGAGACUGACGUCCUGGAUGAGGCUGGACGAGCGAUGCUUGAUUUUCUCACUGACUACGUGUGUCUCCUUCGCAUCUAAUCUUGUU